AUGCGUUCCAGCCUUGUUCUGCUCGCUGGUCUUGCCGGCUCGGCCCUCGCCCUUCCCACUGCUAGCCCUGAGCUCGACGCCCGUACCUUCGGCCUCGUUGAAGGCUUACUCGACACCGUUAAGGAUCUUCUUGGCGGCCAAACCCCAGCACACAUCCUUGGUGGCAUCAGCUCCGAGGCUGCUGCGGCUCUUGGCGGUAGUGCUCUUGGUUGCAAGGCUGGCUCCAUUGAUCUCGAGUACCGCAAGAAGCUUGUUUCCUGGCUUAAGAACGGUGAAGGUGCUAGCCUCGAGGCUUCUCUUAGGAAGGAACUGCUGUCUUGGUGUGAGGGUGAUGCCCAGGAGAUCGAGGUCCCCCACCGAGCUCAACUCGGUUUCUUCCUUCCCCAGGCUGUCAGCAUUGCUGCUGAGAAAGACCUCUUCGUGACCUUGAACGGUGUUUUCUCUCUGGCUUCGGAAACUAUUGGUGUUCUCACCGCCACUGCUCAGGCUGCUCUCGAGGCCGCCAUUAAGCUUCUUGGUGAGAUUGACUGGAAGGUCAGGUCAGGUCUUGAGUUCUGUGCCGCCGGUGGUGUUAUCAGCGACCUUGACGUUGAGGUCAUCAACGCCCUGAAGGGCUGGUUGAACAGCAGCAACUGCACCUUGUCCACUGAACUUAAGAAGACCGUCCUCGCCUGGAUCCAGGGCCACAUUGGUGGCGAUGUUAUUCAUAUUCCUUCCCUGCCUGUUGGUGGUGUCACCGCCAUCUCCCUCGGUCACUCCCUCGAGGCCCUCGUUGAGGCUGGCGGUGCCCUAGUUAGCAGUGCUCAGGCUUCCCUCACUGCUUUCCUCCAGACUGACGUUGGCCUUGAAAUCGAUGUUGAGAUCAAGGACCUUCUUCUCCUCAGUGCCAACGGAGGCCUCGCUGUCCACAUUGAACUUGCUAAGCGUAUUGAACUCGCCCUUUGGCUGUCAAGCUCCAAGUGCACCCUUACCACUCAGCUUAAGGGUCUCCUUAUUUACUGGCUGUCCCAGGGCGUUGAAUCCGCCUCUGAGGUCUCUCUCAACGUCGACACUGGCCUUGUUGGUGACCUCACCGGUUUCCUCACUGGCACUAUCGACUCUCUAGUCGGCACCCAGCUCCACGGUCUUAUCUCUUUCAUCCUCUCUGGCAAGGGCGUUCUCUCAAUCUCCCAGGAGGCUCGUGCUCAGCUGAUCGCUCUUGUCAGUGGCGGCUGUGGUGUUGAGAUCGAGCACACUAUCCAGGAAAUCAUCAUUGGAUGGCUCACCGGCUGUGAAAAAUGCACGGGCGGUUCUGGCUCCAGCAACACUCCUAGCCUUCCUUCCAGCACUUCCGCUAUUCCUGCCAGCUCUACUCCUUCUGUUCCUUCUGGCCCUACCUCGACCGGCGGCGUCCCUACCGGUGUUGAGCCCACCGAGACACCUGGUGCCAGCUCGACCCCUUGUGACACUCUGACCAGCGAGAGCGUCAUCUCCUCCACCGUCUCUAUCCCUGGAGAGACAACCCCCGCUGUUCCUACUAGCAGUAUUCCCGUUGUCCCCAGCGGCCCAGCAGACAGCGAGACCCCUGGCGCUAGCUCUACUCCUUGCGAUACUCUUACCAGUGAGACCGUGGUCUCAUCUACUGUCUCCGUGCCUGGAGAGACCCCCACCGGACCUGCUGACACCCCCGCUGGUCCUACGGAUGUUCAGCCCACCGAGUCUCCUAGCGAGACCUCAACUCCUUGCGACACCCUGACCAGCGAGAGCGUGAUCUCCUCGACCAUCUCUAUCCCUGCAGAGACGACCCCAGCUGGUACUACCGACUCCCCUGUUGUUCCUACUAGCAGCGCUCCUGUUGUCCCCAGCGGCCCAGCAGACACCGAGACCCCUGGCACUAGCUCUACCCCAUGCGAGACCCUCACCAGUGAGAGCGUGAUCUCCUCGACCAUCUCUAUCCCUGCAGAGACGACCCCAGCUGGUACUACCGACUCCCCUGUUGUUCCUACUAGCAGCGCUCCUGUUGUCCCCAGCGGCCCAGCAGACACCGAGACCCCUGGCUCUAGCUCUACCCCAUGCGAGACCCUCACCAGCGAGAGCGUGAUCUCCUCCACUGUCUCUGUCCCUGAGGAGACUCCUGUCCCUACCAAUGUUCAGCCCACCACCGACUCUCCGGCCGGCCCUGGUGAGACUGCUCCUGGCGCUAGCUCUACUCCCUGUGAGACCCUCACCAGCGAGAGCGUGGUCUCCUCCACUGUAUCUGUCCCUGAGGAAACUCCUGUCCCUACCAAUGUUCAGCCGACUACCGACUCUCCGGCCGCUCCUGGCGAGACCUCGACCCCAUGCGAGACCCUCACCAGCGAGAGCGUGGUUUCCUCCACCGUCUCUGUGCCUGACCAGACCCCCGCCGUCCCCACCAACGUCCAGCCUACCACCGACUCCCCCGCUGGCCCAGGUGUCACUGAGGCUCCUACCCCAUCUCAGUCCGGCAGCUGCGCCUCUUGCGGCGUCGCUACGGUCACCGUCACCAAGACGGUUGGUGUUGCCUCUUGCCCUCCCAACUACUAA